GGGGUGCAGCCCACCCGCUUCCCACCGAAGGCCUCCCGCAGCCUGUUGCUCUCCGCCAUCGUCCUCACCCUCUUCGUCCUCAUCUUCUUCCUCUUCUUCAACCUCCGGCUGAGCUCGGCACUCCGUGUUGACGCCGGCGGUGAUGCUGGUGGCGAUGCCGGAUCCUGCGGUGACGCGUGCCGGAUCGUCCUGGUGGAGAGCAUCCCGGAGGGAAUGACCUUCAGCGAGGGUUCCGUGCCGAAUCCAUCCACCUUCUCCACGUGGAAGAACCUCUUGGGGACCGUCACCCACAGCCUGGACAUCGCUUCCUUCUACUGGACCAUGACCAACGAGGACACACGGACGCACGAACCCUCUGCCGUCCAGGGUGAACAAAUUCUGGAGGAACUACUCCAAUUAUCCCAGCGCGGCAUCGCUGUCCGAAUCGCCGUCAGCAGCCCGUCGGCAAAAUCGCCCCUGAACGAUCUCCAAGCACUGGAGCAGAGCGGUGCCACGGUGCGCACCGUCGAUAUGCCGCGGCUCACUGGCGGCGUGCUGCACACCAAGUUUUGGCUCGUUGAUGGCACCCACCUCUACGUUGGGAGCGCCAACAUGGACUGGAGGUCUUUGACCCAGGUGAAGGAGCUGGGCGCCGCCGUCUACAACUGCAGCUGCUUGGCCAAAGAUUUAGGCAAAAUUUUUGAAGCUUAUUGGGCUCUUGGCAUUCCCGGUGCUUCCAUCCCAGUACCGUGGCCGGCAAAUUAUUCCACCACCUUCAACAUGGAGACGCCGUUGGAGUUGAAGCUCAAUGACACCGAUGCUGCCGUCUACUUCUCGGUACGUCGCCCGCCGGCUCUCUGUGCCACCGGUCGGACCCAAGAUCUCGGUGCCCUCCUCAACGUCAUUGAUGCCGCCGAGGACUUCGUGGACAUCGCGGUGAUGAGCUACCUACCCACCACCGAAUUCUCCCACCCUCAAAGAUUUUGGCCAGCAAUCGAUAACCGGCUGCGGAAAGCCGUCUUCGAACGCCGGGUCAAGGUUCGGUUGUUGGUGGGUUGUUGGCGGCACAGCCAAGCGACCAUGUUCCCCUUCCUCAAAUCCCUCGCUGCCGUUGCUGAUAAUCGGACCCGCUACAGCGUGGAGGUGCGGCUUUUCAUGGUGCCGACGAGUGCGGUGCAAGCCCAGAUCCCCUACGCCCGGGUGAACCACAACAAAUACAUGGUGACAGAGAAGGCGGCGUAUAUUGGGACAUCCAACUGGUCUGGCGACUACUUUGUGCGGACGGCAGGAUCGGCGCUGGUGGUGAACCAGACGGUGAGCCAAACCGGUGCCAACACCAGCACCAUCCGGGAGCAGCUGCAGGCGGUUUUUGAGCGGGAUUGGAGCUCCCAGUACAGCGCCGACAUCGAGGAUGCCGAGCGGUGGGAGAACCUCUGUGGCUCCCGUUAG